AUGCAUCGCUUUUUUGCAGAGCUGGAGCCAUCUCUAUCCAUCACUGAGCAAAACCUGGCAAAGCGAGUUCGGUACAUCCUGCGCUCAAACAUAUUUGGUGACGCUGAACUCGAACGACUACGACGUGAGGCUAUUCCUUCAUCGAAUGGAAAUGCUACGGCUUGGAAUGCGGCGCCACUAGAUGCGCAACAAAGUACAUAUGUGGAUGCUGCCGUAAACAUUCCAUUUGUGGCUAAUUCAGACGAUGAUGGAAUAGUCUCCCACGAACUAGAGAAAAUGAGGAGCAUAUUGGAAGAGUCGAUGCUGGAAACGCGCAGCAUGCCUCUCGAAAAUCGACCGCGACUUCCCCGCAUACCCCUUAGCAAGCGAAAUCGGGCUGUCGUGCGGGCUCUUAACCCAAUGCUGGUGACCUAUUUGGAAGCCAGCCGGGACCUUUGCGAGACGGAUUCAAUUCUUUUUGGCGCCGCACUGGCAGUAUGCCGUAUUAUUGGCGCCAAACUUCCCGUGGCUGGACGUGCUACUCAAAAAAGUAGCGCCAACCCAGCCUGGAGAAAAAGAAUUGAGGACCGUAUCGCAAAGGCAAGGGCCCUUAUCGGCAGACUGACAAGCUUCAGGUCGGGUAAUAAUAGACCGAGAGUUGUGCGCACCGUUAGAAUGGCGUUUGUUCGGACAAAUUUUAGUUUGUCCCAGCCAGAUAUCACACAAAAACUAACGGAGCGCAUAGAUGACCUGAAGCAAAAAAUCGCUGCUUGGGGGAAGCGGAUUCGAUGA